AUGUCUUUUAUUCACGUUAAUCCCAACAAUAAACUAAGUGGCAAUAAACCACGAGGAGGAAAACGUGUAAUGAAGAUUCAUCCCACAGCGUCGGCAACUAUGAAUCAGCAGCAGCCUAUAGUAGUUUUACUACAGCCACUAAAUAACACAUUCACCACGAAAAAGUUUGUCCUGUCGGAUAAGGAGAAAGUAAAAAUCGGUAGACAGACGAACGCCAAAACUACCCCGUCCGAGAACAAUGGGUACUUUGAUAGUAAAGUCUUGUCGAGAACACACGCUGAAGUCUGGAACGAUCGUGGGAAGGUUUAUAUCAAGGAUUUGAAGUCUAGUAAUGGCACUUUUGUGAACAAUCAUAGGCUGAGUCCAGAAGGUUCGGAAAGCGAGCCAAAGGAGCUUCAUCAUGAAGAUAUUUUGGAGUUUGGGAUCGAUAUCUUGGGAGAUGAUAAUCACACGAUAAUGUAUAAAAAAGUUUCAGCGAAAGUAUUGACUAGUGGACUACCAAUUGAUCCUAACAAUAUAUCAAGCGGUGAUGAUCAGCGAGGAGUAGGAGUCCAAAAGAAUGGAUCACUUGUGUCAAUGAUAAAUUCUUCACUUGAGCGUGAAAUUAUGAAUUCGCAAGAAACAAAUCGUCUCUUGAAAAAUAUUAGAAAUAAAAUUGAUGCAUUUGGAGAUAGACUGGCAGAGAAAAAUGUAGAGGUAAAGACUGAAGAAGCUGCAGAGCUAAAAAGAAAACAGUCCUUGACCUCUCUCCUAAGCAAUCAAGCAAAAACUCGAUCCAAUUCAUUAGUUUCUAAUGGAAAGCCUCCAAUUCCUCCCGAAGAUGACAAUACUGCCACAAUUAUCAAUGGAGAGCUUAAUCCGUCACAUAAAUCUAUACUGCUUAAAGCUGCGUCGAGUCGAUCCAGUUUGAAUUCUAUAGAUUUGGAUAGUAAACUUCCAAUUCCUAUAGCUCAACAUGACGAUAACAAAGCCAAUAUUGUCAAUGGAAAUGAAAAUUCGGAAAGCAAAUCUUUGUUGUCUAGACCUCGAUCCAAUUCGUUUGGCACAACUAGGAUUCCCGUAUUUUCGCAAGCUGGCAAUAAAGAUUCUGUACUUGUUGAUAGUCAUGGCGCUUCAGCAGCGAAUACUAAGAGCAGACCUCGUUCAAAUUCCGUAAUUAUGAACGGAAAAUUCACAUUGAAAAAAAAUGACGGGGAUAAUAAUAAUACAUCAAUAAUAUCAAUGAACCCAUUGGUCGAGCUCAAUAAAGAUUCACUGAAACUAAUUGAAAAUGGUAUCAACAAUCCGAAAGUUUUGUCGGGUUCAGAUGAAGAACCUAUAAUUGCUGCGUCAUUAUCCCAAGACGACGAAAAAAUGACUUUUGUAGUUCAUAAAAAUGGCGGUCGCACCGAGUCACCUGAUAAACUUGAAGAUCGAGAAACCAGGACAAAAAAAAUAAUCGAAGAUCAAACUAAAGGGGAAGCGGAUAUUCAUUUUGAAUCCGAGAAUUUAACAAAACAAGAUUCUCCUGAUAAACACGAAAUGAAUAUUUCAAAGUCAAAUUCAAGGGACAUUAACGAACAAGUUAUUGCUUCAAAAUCUAUUGACGACCCUUCGAAUACAAAUAGUUCAUCAAUUAUCUUAAAAGGGAAAGGAAAAGUCGAAGAGGUGCAAUCUAAUCUUUCAGAAAAUUCUUACAAUAAUUCACCCAUAAACUCGGUGAUGACUAUCCUACGAAACUCUGCAUUAACACCUAACUUUGAUAAUGAUGACUCGGUUGUAAUAUCAAAGGUUAUAAAUUCAAUAAUUACGCCAAAUUUGCAAAAUCCAGUUGAUAAAGGUGCAAUCAUCAUUAAUUCUAAAGAAAUAAAGCUUGAUAUUCGAGGAUCACCGUCUUCACAACCACGUAUCUCGAAGAUUCCUCGAAGAAAAUCAAUUGAGUAUUCUAAAGAAACGGCAAAUGAAUCACGUAUCAUCAAUGAUCACAUACUUUUCAAUGAUAAAUCAAGUUCAAUGAUACGCCGGCAUUCUUUUGAUUCGUCACACUCUGCGCAACCUAAAGACACGAGUUUUAUUCCUCGACGUAACUCUUUGAAUUCCCACUUAAACGUGCAUAGCAGCAAUAACAAUAGUUCAGAAUCGUCUUUUGAUGUAAAUUUUGUCAAUUUUAAGAAAGAAACGAGACAACGAUUGGCUGAAAUAAAGCGUGCCGUUGACUCUGACGAUAACAACAAAAAGAUCGCUUCACUCAGCCGUGAACUAAAAACAUCAACGAUACGAGUUAACGAUCUUUCAGUGAAAUUAACAGAGAUGGAUAAACGAUGUCAAUCUUAUGCGAUACGCGAAAAAGAAUUAAGAGAAUCUCUCGACACUUUAAAAAAAUCCUUUACGGAAAUACAAGAAUCUCGCAGUGAACUUGGAUUGCGCCUUGAAAAAACCCAAAAAAUGUUGAUGGGUGUCAUUAUUGCC